AUGCCCGAAGCGAUGAGCAGCAAGGUGGAAGAACGGGUUGCAGAUCCAGUCAUGGAUGCUUCAAGCAAUAAGCGCAAGAGGAUCUGGGCCGCGUGCGAGCCCUGCCGUAAACGCAAAUCAAAAUGCGACGGUCAGAGCCCCUGUGGAGGAUGCAUCUCCACCAUCAAGUCCGCAAUGCUCCCCAUCAACGCAACCACACUCGAUAAUGGCCCAAUCGAUCAAGCCCUCGUUCAAGCCAAAGCACAAGAACUCUGCGUCUUUGACUGGAAUCGCAAGCCACGCGGUCCCAAAGGCAAGAAGGCUGCCUUUGCCGCUGCCUUUGGUGUCGAGACCUCGGCUAACAUGGGCGCACCCCGCAGCCACGCAAGCGCCGGACCGGCCUACAUGGAAGCACAACAACGCGGUCUCGACGAGCCCCAGCACGGAGAUUGUCCAAGGGCCAACUACGAUACCGCUUUUACUUUUACAGCUCCAGAGGACACCAAAACAAGCACCAUUAGCAGCAGCAGCAGCAGCAGCAGCAUUCACCAUACCAACGGUCAUGGCUAUCCGCAUUCGUCCUCAUCCCUUCCGUCCGCGAAUAGCGCACCACACUACGACCAUUACUGUUCUACACAGGCUGGCCAAUCCGCUGGGCCCAGUUUGCACCCGGCGUCACAUCCUCCUCUCACCUCCAACAGCAGGCCAGAACUCUACCAUUUUGGCUCGAACGAGAGCGGCAGCUUGUCCUCAUCCGAGUACAGCCCCUACACACAUCGCGCGCGACGAUCCGAAUCCAAUACCACAGUCUCGACAAUCUCACCCCCCAUACUCUCAGGCCCUUCUUCCCGACCUAUGGGUACCGAAGAGCGUCCGCUCAAGCGCACCGCAUACGAGUAUACUGGCGUCGGCGACCGAGUAAGCAAAGCGUCAUUAAGUGCUUGGGAUGCCUUGGCUGAUAGUGCAAGCCAUCCACGCUCUAACAGUGUUUCUAGCCUCCGCCGCUCGCAAACCUCGGCAGAUACCUCGCCAACCGAGAUGAAUCGCCACGGUGCAUCACCCGCCCAGUCACAAGGAUCGGGCGGCUUCCCGACUGCUUCGCCUCAGUCGGACGGAAGCGUCAACUACUUCAAUGCAGCCACCCAGUUGUCUCCAGCCGCGUACGACGAUGGCGACUCGCGCUACCAUGACCAGUCGAUGCUCAUCAACCGGCUAAAGCCCUACUACUCUGAAAAAGAUCGCCCCUUUGUAGCACUUGCCAUCUCGCAGUUCGAGGCACUCGAUUCGUUUGAAAAGAUGGUCCCAUCGCGGUAUUUGUUUGGUGCUGCGCCCGGCACGGGCGGACGCGAUCCACCGGCGCAUGUCUUACUAGCUCUGUUGGCGUUUUUGGCGCAUCGUGCGCUACUGUUGCCAGACAGCAUGAACAUCGAGGACCUCGAUCUGCAGGCGGGCGACAUCGUCAUGCGCUGCGCCAACAAUUAUGGCCGACUCGAGGGCGACGACCGCAAACAGAUGUUGUCGUUUGCACGGCGCAGUUGGUCGCUCGCCAACGAUCUCAUGCUUCAAAAAAUUCGCAGCGGUGACGUAGAUCCCAGACUCAUCAUCACAGGCAUGCUCUUGGAGAUGGGCGCCGGAGAGGACGGUCUUAGCACCAAAGGUCUCGUUCAGCGCAAGAUGUGGCUCUUCCGAUUAGCCUUUUGCUGGCGACUGCAUCAGCUCGACGCCAAGCCCGACUCGGAAAGUUGGACGACACCGUGGGAUGGGCCUCAAGUGCUGCAGAAAGCGCUCGACAUUUCUGGCGGCUCGACCACCGACGACCCGAGAGCACCCUUGCCACGCGCUGCAGACACGCGCAGGAUGCUCCAGGACCCCAUUGAGCUAGAAGCCAUCCGCAGGCAGGUUUCGCUCAUCGUCACAGCAGCGUACUGGGUACAGACCGCAGAGAUGCAAGUGCCCAAGUUCGACAUCUAUACCAUGGAGCUCGAGCCGGCCAGUGCCGACGACUAUAUCCACCACGGCUCCAAUUGGACACCCAAAAUGCAUCCUGCCUCCAACGGCUACUUGACGCAGACACGAGACCUCAUCUUCCGCACCUAUGGCCGUCUGACGCGUUUGCUGCACACACCGCUCGCCGACAUUUGCACCGGCCACUCGCCUGAGCCCGAUCUGCAGCACGCCAUCACCGAGAUGGAAACUACGUUGGAUUGGCUCGUCGAGCGCAUCGGUUCGGUCACCUACGAUGGCCCCGAGAUGCCAUUGCGUGUCGCAGCGUUUGUGCACUCGCGUAUCGUAGCGUUGCUCAUGUACCGACUCUUCAUGUCGAUCCAGGCGUUCUUCUUCCUCUUUCCGGAACAAACAACGGCCAAGACGGACAAGUCGCUUCGAAUCGCUUCCACUCUCAUGCCCAAGAACGAGCAACGAUCCAAUUUCGAGAUGAUCGCCGGAGGUUAUGUGGCGCCCGAAUCCGAGAGUGAGGAAGACAGCGUGGCUGGACGUGAUUUUCAGGGACGCAAGCUCUUGCCGCGACCGCAGUUCUCACGACACCCGAUGAAGGCAUCCAUGGCCGUCUUGUGGGAGACGGGCGCGGUCGCCAAACGCUUGUUGUCACUGCACCGAGCUCGUGACGCUGCGCUGGAGCCGAUCGAAGGCAGCUCCUCGGAAGCGUGGAAGGGUGGCGAGGCGGAAAAGACGGGCAACGAAGUGGGCAAGACCAUGGACGCCUCGCUGCGCGCAGUUCGUUGGCCACGCCACUUGCGUCUGUUUGCACAGCACGCCUACGCCAUGGCGGCCGAAGCACACGUGGCGGGUGCUUCGUGGCUGGACACGUACGGCGACGAGAAUCCGGCUUGGAAGAAUCCAGCAUCGUUCGACCUGCUGCCCGAAUUCAACAACGAGCACAUUGAAAGCGGACUGUGGGACACGGGUGAUGCGUUCUUGGAGCUUCUCGAGGCCAUGGCCAAGAUGGGUAGCACGCAUGCGCGAAGCACCGAGGAAUCCACCUUGCGGUACCGACAGGAACGAUGGAACUGGGCCAAACGAUACCAGCAACCACCGAGUGGUCUCACGAGCAUGCCUAAUCCUAAGUAA